UUCGAAUUAUACCUCCGCUUCACUGCGCGCACAUACGUGAAAGAUCGAACUGGUCGUAGCUGUUAAUUCAGGUGCCGAUCGAUAUGGCGAGUUCGGUGAGAGGUGGUGGACGAGGAGGAGGGGCUGGGGCAGAGGAAACAGCGCCGCUGCCUCUGCCACCGCCGCCGCGUCUGGUGGCGGCCAUGUCCUCGUCCUCGCCUGCCUCCAUCCGGGCUCUUCUGUCCAGGACUGCGGGCGGCGGCGCGGCCGACUGCCAGCAGUCGCCGCGCUCGCUGCUGUCCCGCAUCCUGCUGCGCGGCGGGGAUCAUCAUAAUCACGGCGGGAACGGCGGUGGAGGAGGAGGUACGUUCGGGUGCCGAGUCAGGCUGCCGCGGCGGUACAGUAGCACUAGCAACGCCUCGUCUGACGGUGGCGGCGCGAGGAAGGACGACGGCAGCGCGGCCUCAGAGGUGUCCGCGGACGAUGUCGGCGGCGCCGCCAGGGUCAAGGUCGUGGAGCGGGUGCCGGAGCUGCCCCUUGAAACUCCUCGGAGCUCUCUAGGGUCAGGGAGGAAGAAGCCGGAGGAGGAGCUCGUGUCGAUGAACCUCGGGCUGGGCGCGAGCCUGGUGCUGCUCCUGUCCAAGAGCGCGGUGGAGCUGAACAGGAUGGUGGAGCUGCGCGCGCAGAUGGAGGCGCUCGCGUCGGAGAUGAGGCAGAUGACGCCGCCCGGGAACGAGAAGCAAGGCGCCGCCGGUCCAGCUGCCGCGUCGUCCACCACCUCCUCCCAAGAAUCCACAGUGAUCAAGGAUCCCAUCGCCGCCGAGGACGCGCUGUCCGACAACUGCUCCGGCGCCAGGACCGCCGAUCGCCGCGCCGUGGCCGUGCUGGACCACAGCCAGAUGGAGGCGGAGCUCCAGGUGGAGCUCGGCCGCCUGCAGAUGCAGCACCGCGCCGUGCACGUCGAGAAACGCGCCAUCGCGCCGCCUAUGCAAGGGCUCAAGCUGCCGCCGCUGCAUGUGAAGACGAAGAACCACGUGGCCGUAGACAGCCCGUCGAGGAGCUGCGUCGACGACGGUGACGUGGUGCAGGAGAAUGCCGAGCAGGAGGAGGAUGAAGACGACGAUGAAGAGGAAGAGUACGAUGAUGAGGAUGACGACGACCUCAGCGAGGGGCAUGGCGCCGUGGUGGACGGCAACAGCAGCCCCCCGCACGGCGGCGUGUCGGCGCGGGCGCUGGAGCGGCGGCUGCACGAGCUGCUGCAGCGGCGGCAGCAGGACCGGAUCGUGCAGCUGGAGGCGGCGCUGGACGGCGCGCAGCGGAAGCUCCAGGAGCGGGAGCGCGAGGUGGUGUGGUGGCGCGACGCCGCCAAGCUCGUCUCCCACCGCCGCGACGAGUCCCGCCGCCUCAGAUGCACCGCCGCCUCCUGAUCUGAUGAUAGAUAGUGGCACGCGUGCGUGUGUCAGUUCAGCUCACGUGCACGUAGCAGGCUAGCUCGCCAGUUAUGGCUUGUCAGGGCAUUGCAUGUAUGGUCGGGUGGACGCCUCGCGUUCACGCUGCGCCAAUGGGGUGGCGUAACUCUCGAUCGAUCGAGCUUCAUUUGGCGCGCGCGCGCGCUGGGAAAAAUGGCGGGAACGGAUGGGAGCUUGCAGACGGUGUAAAUGUGUGUAAUGGUUGAUCAGAGUUUUGUUUCAGAAAUCCAGUCGAUCGAGGCUUGUUUGUGUGUACUGUAUUUGUUUGUUUGGUAUCAGGUUUGC